GCGGGAUCGUCACCGUUUGACCAUCAUUCUUAACAGAGUUUUGGGCGAAAACCGGUCAUCAACACCUCGCAAAGGAAACAGACUACUGCCGACCUCUUUCCGAGUUGCUCGCUGCCUUGUCUUCACUUGCAACUGCUGCUUUUCUUUUAUGAACAGGAUAGGGAUGUAGCACUCAACGUACAAACGGCAACAGCAAUCAAUGAGGACACAUAUCAAUGAUACUGCCCACUCUCAUCACGUGUACAUUCAACUUGACGCGAGAGCAGUCACCCGGCCGGCGCAGCACACGAACUACCUCUGGGGGCGCAGCCGCGUCAGACCGCACAGCAGCUGUCAGGACGCUUGCGUCUAUCGCGAAGUCCAUGCAACUUGAGGUGAGCCAGCGCGGGUCAAGUUGCUUCUGUUGAAAGGCGAUACUCUGGCAAGCGUCUUGAGGGGGUUGGGAGGCGUCUUGAGGGAGUUACUGGGUUACAGCUGUAUCAGUCUGUGCCAGACCGUCUCCGUCUUAUUGGCCUGUCAUUGCGUGUCCCUUGCUUGUCAAAAUGGACCUGCACAGAGCCC